UCAGAACGAUAUCCAGUUGUUACAAAAGAAACUCGACGAAACAACACAUGAGUUAAGAAAGGUCAAUUAUCGUAAUGACGAACUUGAUAACUAUAUUAGACGUGAAAACUUACGAUUUUAUGGAAUAGGUGAGCAACCAGGUGAGGAUACAGAAAUGGUACUAAGGAAAUUUAUACGUGACGAGCUAAAAAUACCUGAGCCAGACGCCAUGGCAAUUGAAUUUCAACGGGUUCAUCGGCUACAUGGCCAACGCAGUAGAGAUAGACCGAGAGGAAUAAUUGCACGAUUUGUUAGAUAUAAAGAUCGCGAGAAAGUUAGAAAAUCAGCGGGAAAUCUGAAGGAUACUGCGUAUUCGGUAAGAGAAGACUACAGCCAGGGAGUUUUACAAAAACGACGUGAAUUGAUGCCAUUGCUUAAACAAGCCCGUCGUGAUAUUAAAAGAGCAUUUCUCGUCGCCGAAAAAUUGUAUAUCGAUGGUAAUAUUUAUAACAAAGUACAAAAUGUAAGGAAUAAAGAAACUGAUGAGAACGAUGACUAG